AUGGAGAAGAUGAGCGCCGCCUGCGCUGAAAUGAACGCCCUAUUCUGCAACUCGAUGAACCCUAAUGAUUCGGGCUACCGGUCAGAUGGAAACCAACAACCAGGCAUCAUCAGUAUGAUGUCCUCUCCAGAGCUCCGUAACGAAACUGGUGACGCUAGCGGUAGUGGAGGGAGUGGGUUUUCGUCUAGUGGAAGUAGUCAACGACGGGAUGGACAGAAGUCUUCAUCUGGUUCCCAGUCUUCCUCACAGACUCCUCCACCUGCUGAGACAUCCUCGUGCACUCCAACAAACUCGCUACCGGAUGAGUCUGCAAAGAACGAAGGGGAAGUUGCCAAGAGCGAGGCUCUUUUCGAGGGCAGCGAGAAGUUCAAAAAGACUCCUUCAGCUGGAGAAAAGCAAAAGAGGCCAUCCACUAGGACAGCGGGUAAGCCUUCAUAUGUUUCUGAAUCAGUUUCGGGUUCGGUUUCGGGUUCGGUCUCAGCUCCAAUCUCCGCUGCGAGUGUGCCACCCCCAGCAUCGCACGUGCAAAUGCAAAUGAAGGCAUCGGCGAUGAUGGCGGCAAAUGCCGCUGCUAUGAACCCUGGGAUGGCGGGGCUAUUGCCGUUCGCAUGUGCCAUGCCGUCACCAAUGGGUCACAUGCUUCCGCCCCCAGGCGCAAUGCAUUACCAAGGCAGACCAGUGGCGUUUGUAACAGGUGCCAACGGGACGGAAAUUAUCCCUAUGGAUAUGUUUGCGCAAGCUACGGCGCUGCAGUAUGGGGCUGCAGCGCAAGCCGCGAUGUCAAGAAUGAUGCACCCUGUUGCUGGACAAGGGCCUGUGCCUCCCAGACCAGCACCACAUUUCGAAGCAAUCGGUGGAAGCCGAAAACGGCGGAGAAGGCAACUGCUGGAGAGAAGUGGGUGUACCGAGGAGCAAGCAAGACAGAACCGAGCACACGCAUUGACGAGACUACGACAGAAAAAGACGUUGAGAAGUCAACAAAGCAAGGUGCGAUACGCAUGCCGGAAACGGAUUGCAAUGGUUCGACCUCGGGUAAACGGGCGGUUUGCGACGAAAGAAGAAGUGGAAGAAUGCAAACGAAGCAAUAGCUGAAACUGAUGUCUAUGUUUAUCUGAUGUUUAUGCUAUUAUGUGUUGGGGUUGGGGUUGCCGAGUCAGAAGUUGACGUCCUUCAGAUAGCCUAGGAGAAGACAAGGCUACUAAAAUGCUCAAUGUUAUUUGCGAUUUGAUACAGGACACUAGGGAAGCAUCAAAUUACUCGUGGCUACGUACAAGUUGCUGCCUUUGUACUAUUAUCCGUUGUAUAUACAUUUAUCUGCAAACCAAUAUACCUAAAUGACUUUUGACGGAGUA